GUUCACGUGUCCGCGACCCCGUGAAAUCGUGGGACACGUGACCUUCUCGGUCGAAUUACAGUUUUAAAUUUCAGUGCGCGCCCCUGUUCCAAACGAGAGAGCCGGAGGAGCUGAUAACAACCCGCCUCAGCGCCGCCAACAUCACCAGACUCCACGCUAGAAACCGGAGAAAGUAGCAGAAUGUCUGAAGAAAAGCCGAAGGAAGGAGUGAAGACGGAGAACGACCACAUCAACCUGAAGGUGGCCGGUCAGGAUGGAUCCGUGGUUCAGUUCAAAAUCAAAAGGCACACUCCGCUCAGCAAACUCAUGAAGGCGUACUGCGAAAGACAGGGACUGUCGAUUCGUCAGAUAAGGUUUAGGUUUGACGGACAGCCGAUAAAUGAAACAGACACACCUGCACAGCUGGAGAUGGAAGAUGAGGACACUAUUGAUGUAUUUCAGCAACAAACUGGAGGAGUCUAUUAAAGCAGCAUUUGGACUGUUGGUACAUCAUCACCGUUUCAUGUAGAAUUUGUUUAUUUUCCUCCGCUGGCUUCACGUUGGGCUGUUGGUGGUUGAAAUUAUUUGUCCCUCAUGAGAAUCCUGUCCCUGAAAUGCAGGGUAACCCAUUUUAAACACGCAUAAAUUUAUUCUUUUUAAACUGAUCAAGACCAGAACUCUUUGUUUUUUUUUUUUGUUUGUUUGUUUGAUUUUUUGUUUGUUUGGUUAGAACAGUAAAAAAAACAUUCAAAUUCCAGAUGGCCUAAAGUAUUUUAAUGUAUGUACUUGUUGAGAUUGUAUGUGGAACGCUCCUCCACUGUCUUCAGUGGUCUUCUGUCCUAUUAUGGGAAAGAGAGGUGACUUUUUCUUUACUCAUUAAAGGGUUAUUUACUAAAUAUGUUCAUUUAAAUUGACCACAAGCAGAAAAAAGGUCUUGUAAGAAAAGAUCAACUAUCUGCUCUAAAGAAAUCAGAUUUGAUCAGUUAUACAGUAAGGUUGCUGGACCAAAAGGCUCAAGAGUUCUCGGGUGUUUACGUACACAACUCCUUAACUUGUGGAUGUAAAGUUUACCGCAAGUUGGCUACAUAACCCUUUUUCAGGCCCCAGAAGAUAUUUAGCGUUUUAUUGGUUUACCACCAUCUUACUUGAGGUCAAUUAUUCCACUUCCUGUAUACAUACCAAGUCAUACAUACUGUGCUGCCAAUUUUAAAAGGUUUGUAAAAAAAAAAAUAAAAAAAAGUUUAUCAAAACUUUAUCUACAUCUCUUUUUGUUAGCUGCUUGUGUGUUGGUAGAAUUUAGUUUUAUCAGAAUGUCCACUGGUGUUUUAACAAAAGAAAUGUAAUGGUUCCGAAUUUCCAGUGACAUUGAAUUUCUUUUCUUUUUUAUUUGUACAUUAUUUGUUGUCUUUAUUCUGUAUACAAUAAAUAUAGUUUGAUAUGUUUUGAA